GAAUCAUAUAAAAUAAUGCAACAAGGCUUCAUUUUCAGAAGGAGAGCCCGUGCCUUUUAUCACAGGUACAAAUGAUAAAUUUUAUAAAAUGUAUUAUAUAACUGCUUGUGGAGAUUAAUGAGGAAAGACGGAACAUAUUGCAAUGUGACUAGAUUAAGAAAAUCUGUUUUAUAAAAAGAAUAUUAUUGAUUAAUAUUUAUCAAAUGUUUAAAGUAGAAUUGUGUUGCCCCAUGAAUUUUAACAUUAUGUUUACUUACCCCUAUAUUUAACAAAUAUAUUUGUGAGGUGUAAAAACUGAAAUAAAAUGUAGAAAUCCACCUUUUUUAUCCUGUAACUGGGUGUCUCCAUCUCAGCUCCCUGUCAAUCAUUGUUAUAAGCUCCGCCCUUUACACCUGUCAGUCAUCAGUUAGCCUUUCAUUGACUGUUUAAUGGUGAUUUUAGUUUAAGCUAUAAAAGGGUCACAGUUAGAGUAAAACAAUCAAAAAAAUACCUUUUAGGCUAGGAAUGGAAAUUCUGCAGCGACUGAAAAUACUCAGGCUGCAGUGAGACUGAGGAAAUGAUUUAUCUAGCACAGUAUUUUCAUGACAUAUACACACUCCUGUCUAUUGUGCAAUUCCCUGAAUGUAACUGCAAUCUCCCGAGUGUCCGUACGUUAUCUGACUUAUUAAUUACUUUAAUGUUGCUGUGACUGAUGCAGAAAAGAGGAGAGAGAGGAAAUUGGAAGAUUUCUCCUAGAUUUUUUGCCUGAGACUCACUAGAGUACGUCUGCCACUUGCAUGAUUUUUGCAUAACCAAAUAACUAAUUAAAAUGUAUCUUAUUGUCUUAUUUAUUUAUUUUAAAUAUCCCACGUGUUUAUUUUCUUUACUUUAUCUGAACACACUGGGCACGGUAAAUAAAUAAACCCCUAGAGUGCUGUGCUGGCGUUGUGUGCACACGUGUAGCAGUACUGGACGCAUUUCUCUAUCUCUCUCCGAGCAUAUAUGAGCAGAGCCAAUGCAUUAUGGGUAGCAAAGCCACCCUGAACUCUGAAUUGCAGUGUAGAAUUAUUUUAUUUAUUUUUUUACUUACUUCUGCUUCAUUAUUCGCCCAGUAAACAUUUUAAAGAUGUUUUCUGAGUUGUGGGAACAAGGAAACUUUUAUGAUUAUAAAACAAAAUGUAGGGAGUGGUUAUGGUCUGUUGAUUAUUUUUAGUGUAUUUUGAGGGCUAUAUAAAUGUACAAGUUAUGCAAAUUUACACAGCUUUACUUUUCAUCAUAAUAUACUAAAUUAUGUAAAAAUAGAAACAUAAAAUGUGACGGCAGAUAAGAGUUAUUUGGCCCAUCUAGUCUGCCCAAAAAUGUUUCCAUCAUAUCCCCCCUUUCUCGUCGUUCCUCCAAGCUAUACAUGUUAAGAUCCUUUAACCUUUCCUGGUAAGUUUUAUCCCGCAAUCCAUGAACCAGUUUACUAGCCCUUCGCUGAACCCUCUCUAAGGUAUCAAUAUCCUUCUGAAGAUACGGUCUCCAGUACUGCGUACAAUACUCCAAGUGAGGUCUCACCAGUGUUCUGUACAAUGGCAUGAGCACUUCCCUCUUUCUACUGCUAAUACCUCUCCCUAUACUAAAUGUGUCUUUAUGCUCUAAAUUAAAAUUUUCAAUGUUUUUCAAAAAACACUGAAACAAGUAUACACAUAGAAGACAGAAACAAUGUUAAUAAACUGAAUGUUUUGUGAUACUAAAUACUAACCGAUAGUGUAUUGUUCUUUCCUCUUAGCGAUAUAACAUUCUGAGACCUGGUGAAGCAUGGCGUUGACGUUUCUGCUCCUGACGCUAAGUGAGUGAUGUUCAGUUUGAUCCUUUUGGAAAGUAAAGUAGGAUUUCAAUCUCACCUUUUAUUUUAUACAUAUCUUUAAAGGAAUGCGUAGGCACCAUAACCACUACCACUAAUUUAAGUGGCUGUAGAUCCCUGUUCCUAAAGAUUGUUGUGCAAUCAGAGGCCAUCCUAGGCUUGAGCAUUUGUGGGUGGUGGGUGGACAGCAGGAUACUAUGUUUGUUUGUUUGUUAGUGUUUGUUUGUUUGUUAGUGUUUGUUUGUUUGUUGUGUGAGUUGCAUCUCACAGUAGACCUUUGAUAUAAAAAGAUCAGUAGUUCUAAUACUGGUUAAUAAGGGGGAGGUGAUAGCCCCCUCGAAGAAAUAUUUAUCAGGUGAUUUUUGGGCAGCGAGACUGGCAGGGGAGCAUGUUCUUGUUACCUACUAUUUGUUCACUGAGUUCCUGGCUCACAUAGCCCUUGGUUUCCAAAUGAUUCAAUAUUGUUAGAAAAGCGUUUUUAAAUUAUUUAUCUACAAAAACUCCCAUAGGCGUUAAUGGAGACUUUGAAAUAUUGAGAACGUUUUUGUAAUAUUGAAUCAUUUGGACAGUUUUUCUAACAGUAUUGGAUCAUUUGAUAGUCUGAUUAAAUGGAGGCCACAGAUGGCAAGGUGUGUAUAGAGAGGAGGAGGUACGACUUCCAUGGUUGAGCAUAUUUUGCUACGGACUCAAGCCCUGGGUUUUAAUGGUAACACCUCAGUUCAGCAUUAUCUGUGAGGCAUUGUAUUACCUAAAUUGUUUUAUGGGCUCUUUCACAAAGAAAUAUCGAUAGAAUGAACUGGUACCACAUAUGGACUUUUAUUAUAUCAACUCUGCGAAUAUCAUGAAGAAAACUGUCUGUCUUCUCCAUGUUCUGAACAAAAAACAUUAAAAUGAACUGCUUUACUCCGAGCAUUAUGUAACGAAGUACUAGUGUGUAUUCUGUACUGCAAAACAAAUUAAACCUAAAUCCCUACUUGCAUUCCUUGCUGGGGUUCCCCUUCCAUGAACUCUUCCUUUGUAGGUAAACGUUCAUUGCAAUGGUGCAUCAGCACAGAACAUUUGAGGAGGCAUCCUUUCAUGAUAAUCCCAACCCCACUAAGAUUUAAAGAUUAAACCAUGCUGUUCUCUGUAGGCAAUAUAGUAUAACUCUGAACGGGAUAACCAGCUCUUUUAACAAAUAAUUUGUUUUUCUUAUUUUAAACAGUGAAACAUAUGGUCUUAUACUAUGUGUUUUUGGGGGGCAGUUCUUCACCCGAUCCUCUUAGUUCGUACACCCAUGCUGUGGAGUGCGGAGGAAGGAGAGAGGGCAAUCACCACAUAAAAUAAACUACAACAUUUUUUUAAAAAAUCUCCAACAGUGAUGUGAAAAACUCUGCAUAGAAUAAUUAUUGAUUGAUGAUCAGUGUGAUUGUGCCGACGUACAGGUAUUACUUUUACAUUCGUAGCAAAAAAACCUGCGCUCACUGGUAUCCUGUCAGCUCAAAUAUCCCAAGCAGGGUAACUGAUACUUUCUUCUUUCUAUACCUCAUGCAAAAAAAAAAAAAAAAUAGUAUUUCUGAUAUAAUAUUCAACUUGAACGAUUUAUUUAUUUCAACAUAUGAGCCGCUAUAUAAACUGGAAUUUAUUUAUUUAGAAAAUAUUUUACCAGGAAGGAUACAUUGAGAUUUUUCCUUUUUAAGUGUAUAUUUCUCUAAAGGAUGAACAAGAAAUUAAAAAAUAUAAUUUUAUACAGAUUUACACAAUAAUUUUUUUCGGUAACCUGUAUCCAUCAGUUAAGUUACUGAAAACGCGAUGCUUUCUCCAGGUUGAGAUUAUUUUAAUGUCACCAAGUUAAAUGUACCUGUAAAGUGUGGAGAGAUGGCUGUUUCGGUGAGGAGGCCACCAUUUUGGAUUUGCAUCAAUAGUUCAAUAGAAAAAAAUAAAUAUCAUCAAACAGUGUAUGAUUGAAAAUGAAUGGCAAUGAUGUUAUUGGUUAUUAAUCAUUUUACUGUAAUUCAUGCUUUUCCUUAGUGUCCAUACCACACUUGUGAGGGCCGAAUUUUCACUAGCCAAUGCCUAUUUGAUCAGUGGAAAUUCUGAUCUUUGCCUACCAUCACCAAGAAAAUGUCCAUUUCUGAAAAAUGUCUUUUAACAAAUACCUGUUUUUCCAGGUCUCUUGCCCACCUUAGUGAACACACAAACAACAACAACAACAACAACAACAACAGUAACAACAACUCCGCAGACAACAACGACCGGUACUGGAACAAGUAGGUGUUGAUAGGAAAUUAAAACCAAAACCUAGUUACUGCAUGAUAUCAUCCUCCUAAUGGCUACUAUCAGCAUGUAGAAAAGAGCAAUGGGUUGGGAGUAAAAAUAACUCUGUCCACUGCCUGGGGAAUAAAUAUGAACACGUUUUCAUCUGAAUUUAUAGCAAUACGUCCAUUCGUCCAAAAGCCAAAUUGGCAACCACAAAUUACAACAAAUGAAGUGAAGAACGAGUAGUUUGUUUGACGUUUUUGUCCCUCUGCAUGGAGACACUGAACUUGGCUCAUUGAGAUUCAUUGAUUCAAUGCAUCGCUAUGAGGAGGUGCUGAUUGGCCAGGGCCAUGUUUGCUGAUUUCAGCCAAUCCAAUGCAUUCCCUAUAGGAAAGCAUAGGAUUGGCUAAAAAUAAUAAAUUCUGAUGAUGUCAGCAAGGAGGCAGAUCAGGGCGGGGCCAGUGCUGGCAGGCUCAGGUAAGUUUUAAACCCUUUUAAGGGGACAAGUCACCCGAAUGGUGUUUUUAAACACUAUAGGGUCAGGAAUACAUGUUUGUGUUCCAGACCCUAUAGUGUUCCUUUAAAAAUAAACCAUCCUAUGCCCCCCUUACCUUUAGCCUAUGCUCGCUGUUAUAAAAAAAAACUAACAACUUGGCAACUAUUGCCCCCCCCAUGUCCCCCGAGUGGGGCUAUUUAAAGAAAUGGGGGACCGAGUGUUCCCCCCAGACUCCACCCAUUGGAAAACUCCACAUAAAAAAUGAUACCCCUGCCACCCUCCCCCCAACCCCCCCAGUGAAUAGGGGUCCCCAAGCUCCUAGCUAAACCCAUAAAAAAGAAAAAUCCUACUGUGAUUGAGCUUGUGUACUCCGACUGAGUACCUUUGCCUAAUCCGUUGGGGAGGGAGCCUGGAGCGCGUCAGUCUGGAGACUCUGUUACUGGGAUCCCUAAAAAUGCACACAGAACACACAGUUCCGAAGGGAACUAACAUGGUAUUUUUUUUCAGGACUAAUAUGCUCAGAACAUUUAGAUUGCUGUGACACUUCAAUAAAAUACAAAUAUCAAGAAUAUUAGUAAACAAGCAAUUAAAAUGAAUAUUUUCACUAUAUAAUACCAAUAAUAUUUUCAAAUACAAUAAAAAAGUAACAAUAUAUACAUUUUACUACUUAUUUGGAUGAUCUCAUUUGCAUACAAGUAUUAUGCAUUGAAUCAAUCUGUAUGGAGACGCUGAACUUUCCUCAUAGAGAUGCGUUAACUCAAUACAUAUCUAUGAGAAGACGCUGAUUGACUAAACCAGUACUGUCCCGCCUCCUUGCCAAUUUUAGCCAAUCCAAUGCUUUCUCUAUGCUGAAAUCCUAAAUACUGAUGAUGACAGCAAGGAGGCGGAUCGGGGGCAAGGCCAGCGCUGGCAGACCUGCAGGGCGCUUGAAAAAAGGUAAGUUUUCUCACCUUUUAAGGGGCUAACUGGGUACAAGCUACCUAAAUGGUGCAUUUAGCAUCUUAGGGUCAGGAAUACACGUUUGUGUUCCUGACCCUAUAGUGUUCCUUUAAAUCAACCAAUCAUAGUAAUCUGAUAGGUAAGUAUUGAGAUUUACCUGUGAGUAAUUUGGGUCUUUCAGUUGUUUAGUAAAUAACUCCCUAAUUCUUGUGGAAUUGCCAUGAGGAUACCAAAAAGGAGCUAUCUACUAACAGCUCCCUAAUCUGGUAUCCUUAAAUAUGGCAAUCCCACAAGGGUACCAAGUGAGGGGCUUAUCUACUAAAUGGCAAUAAGAUUCAGUCCGUUGCACGGAUCGGAAUUUCAGUUCCAAAUGAAAGUAAUGGCCGGAUUUCCUCUGAAAACGAAUGGAGAAGGUCGAAUUUUUGUACGGAUCUAAAGAAACAGCAGCACCCAAGUAUAGUGCUGUGUAGAGGUGCUGCCAUCUAGUGGUAUAUUUAGUGUAAGCAUAUUUCUGAAAGCACCCUUGCUAUUGUGAAUAAAGGUUUAUUCUGACAUAAAUUAUGUCAUGUAAGAUAUUAUAAUUUUAUUCCAACUUCUAGCUGUUGCCUAGAUUUUAAAAUGUGUUCUCGACUUGGAAAAUCUGAGGGCCUUUUUACCAGAGAAUGAGUUGAAGUGAACUGCAAAAUAAAUCUGCAGAAUGUAGGUCAACAUACGAAGGUGGAAAUGCAGCUGAACUUUGAUGAAGUUUACCAAAAUUGGGAAUUUUAGUCUAAAUUUUGGAAAUCAUUUUUUAAUUUAUUACAGCUCAUUGUGAGAAAUAUAAUUGUAUGUGUUGGUAAAUAUAUCAAAUGUAAUAUUUCUUUGACUUUAUUUCUUCAGCAACACAUAUCGACUGCGGGGUAAACAAAAUAUACAACUCGUGUGGCAGCAUGUGCCCUGAGAACUGCACCCACUUCGAUCCUCCCCCCGCUUGUACCAAAAUCUGCUCUCCUGACUGCUUCUGCAAGGACGGUUAUUUACUCGAUGUUUCAGGAUUAUGUGUGCCAAAGGAAAAAUGUUUGUCCUGCAGUGGGAACACCACGUACUCUAGCUGUGGUACCAGCUGUCCCGAUCGCUGCGACAGAAAAGAAGGUUUUGUUGAACCAUGCACAAUGCAAUGCAUCGUGGGGUGUGUAUGUAAACCUGGCUACGUGCAUGUGUCUGGGAAAUCUGGACCCUGUGUCCUUCGGCAAGAUUGUCCUGUAAACAAUAUUAAAAAUGGAAAAUACUGAUCCGUAUGACAUGUCUGGCCCCUAAACCUUAAAAACAUAUCUUUUAUUACUUUUUGGUGUCAUGACUACUCUGUCACAUCUACUACUAGCAAAUAGGAAGUCCAGAGUAACUGAAGAAAUAUAAAAGUAUUUAGUGUAUUUGUAGAUAGUUUCUCCAGUGAGUGGAAGAAGGAUAAGCUUUUAAAAUAAGAGUUUCCAUUUUAAUGAUACUUUAUCUUUUAAAAAUGUUAUGUAAUCUAGAGCGAAAGUAAUUUACGAUGUGUUCUAUUGUCGUCGUUUUCUUUCUUCUUUUGUAUGAAAUUAAUUUGAAUAAAAUUUUUUUUCGUCUACAG